CAAGGAGAUGGUCAGGAACGUUGGUGUUGGAGCAGUGAGUUCUCGAGGCCAGCCUAUGCAGUAAGACACCUUCUCAUAAGCGCUACAAUCACAGUGAUCCUCUUUCGCAGGAAGGUCUUGGAACGGAUUCCCAGCCAUGGUGCGCCACGAAGAGCGGUAAGGCGCAUGCUACCUGAGGGAUUCGGACAUCCGAAAGCCACAUCACCAACCUCGAAAGAUUCAAAGGUCGUCUCCAAUCCCCAUCUUCCUCUUGACUUUCUCUCUCACGCAGCGAUUCACGUAUAGUCAAUAUUAGAUAUCGCAAGAUCGAGAAGCCAUGCAUAUACCUAGACUCGUAGCCCUGGGCGCAGCCCUUACGACAGCGGUCAAAGCCUUCACCCCGCUCAACAUCACGGCGCUCUCAACCCGCGACGGCUACUCCGUCAUCGAAUGCUGGCAACUCACGUCCGUCCCCGUUGAAGCCCGCGCGGCUCUCAACUACGCCGUCGGCGGCGACCUGACGCGCGCAGAGUGGUCCAUCAUACAGCCCAGGACGACGGUCGGAGAGGCCUGGGCGCCGGCUGUGCAGCUGACAGUCAUCCUCAACGGCCUAAUCCGCAUCACAUCGCCAGCACCGGCAAGGAACGCGUCGCAGGCCACGCCGUCGCCCUCGUCACCAGGAGGCAGCAGUGGCGACGAAGCAUCGGAAGCACGUCCGGCGCAGACGACGGCGUACAUCCAGCCGGGCACGGUAUCCUCGUCGCUCGUCAUCGCGGCGGACUUGAAGAACGCGAGCGUGCACGCGGGGCACUUCACCGAGUUCCCCGGCGACGAGCCGACGGUGCUGGUGCAGGUGCCGUUUGCCGGGGACGCGGCGCCGGAGCAUGCUGUUCUGGGAGAGGGGCCGUGUCAGAAGGGGAGUUGGGGCGCUGCGAUGGGCGGUGGCAUCUGACCGAUGACUACAUGUAUAGAAAGAAAGACUUGUCUUUUGCUUGUGAUGAUGGCGUUCACUCGUGUCGUAGAAUACUAGCACUACCUAUGACCGUGUAUGCAGCUUAUGAUCCGUCCCGAGGCCUUUUCGGACCAGCGGCACGCCUUCUUGAGAUGACUGCCUUAGAGCGGAAGAAGUGAGCGCUAUCUCAAGGAACAAUGUCAUGGCGCGAGAAUUAGAGGCUCACGUUGGCCGACAAUGAGACUGGGACUGGGACAGGUACGCAGAGGAUGUGCAGGAAAACGUAAUGGCUCAGGAAGCAUGAUUUUGGCCUGAGUCUAAUAAUGGGCACACGAGUGAGGCGGCAGGGAAGGGAAGCUCGGAUUUGAACUGAUUUAGGCUCACGGCUUUUGGGUCUUAGCCUUUGGUGCCUUGGUGCUUUACUUGGAUCGCCGCUUGGUCGUGUUCGUGGACCGUGUGAGUGAUGCAUUAACGAUGGCAAAAAAGUCAUCCGAAUUUCCCAAGUCUACAGACGACGGCGCGGCCGUUCAGUACGUGUGCUCAC